AUGACAGGAUGUCUGCAGCCCGCCUGGCCACACAGCGGCGCUAGUGCAGACACGAACAGACCAAUGAGCACACAGAACACUGGUAUUGGAGGGAGGAGGAGGGGCCGAACCAGCGCAAAGAUGGCGGCGUCCUUAGACGAUGAAUUAGAGUUGGAUAACCAAGACUAUUAUUCUCUUCUCAACGUCAGGAAAGAGGCCACUCAGGAUGAGCUGAAGGCUUCCUAUAGGAGGUUGUGUAUGCUCUACCACCCAGACAAACACAGAGACCCAGAGCUGAAGAGCCAGGCAGAGCAGCUAUUUAACCAGGUGCACCAGGCCUAUGAGGUGUUGAGUGAUCCUCAGUCCAGGGCCAUCUAUGACAUAUUUGGGAAGAAAGGCCUGGAGGUGGAGGGCUGGGAGAUUGUGGAGAGGAAGAGGACCCCAGUAGAGAUCCGUGAGGAGUAUGAGCGGCUGCAGCGAGAGAGAGAGGAUAGGAGGCUACAGCAGAGAACCAACCCCAAGGGUACCAUUAGCGUGGGAGUAGAUGCCACAGACCUGUUUGAUCGCUAUGAUGAGGACUUUGAGGAGAUGCCAGGAGGAGGAUUCCCUCACAUCGAGAUCAACAGGAUGCACAUCUCCCAGUCUAUUGAGGCUCCGUUGACUAACUCUGACACUGCAAUGCUGUCUGGCUCUCUCUCCACACACAACGGCAACGGAGGAGGCAACAUCAACAUGACUGUCCGCCGUGUCACCUCUGCCAAGGGCUGGGGAGAGUUGGAGUUUGGUGCAGGGGACAUACUGGGACCUCUGUUUGGGAUGAAGGUGUUCCGUAACCUGACUCCACGAUGUUUCCUGACGGCUCAGUGUGGUAUGCAGUUCUCUCCCCGUGGCGUGCGUCCCAGCUGUUCUUUAAUGACAGCUCGUCACCUAGACCAGAACACAAUGGGUUACCUGCAGUGGCGAUGGGGACCCCACAGCUCUAUGACCACUAGUGUGGUCCGAGACACCAAGACCAGCCACUUCACCCUGGCACUACAGCUGGGUGUCCCUCACUCCUAUCUGAUGAUGAGUUACCAGUACAAGUUCCAGGAUGAGGACCAGACCAAGGUCAAGGGAUCGAUCAAGACUGGUUGGUUUGGUACAGUGGUGGAGUAUGGAGCAGAGAGGAAGAUCAGUCGGCACAGUGUCCUGGCUGCUACUGUCAGUGUCGGAGUGCCACAGGGAGUCACCCUCAAAAUCAGGUUGGCUCGUGCCAAUCAGACCUAUCUAUUCCCAGUCCACCUGACAGACCAGCUGCUGCCCAGUGCAGUGUUCUACGCCACUGUGGGGCCUCUACUAGUCUACAUGGCCAUACACAGACUGGUCAUUAUACCAUACACAUGCUCCCAGAAACAACAAGAUCUGGAGCUACAGAGGAAGAGCUCAGAAGUAGACAUGGUCAAGAAGAAACAAGAGGCGGAGUCAGCCGUUCUGCUGAUGCAGGAGUCUGUGAGGAGAAUCAUCGAGGGAGAGGAGUCUAAGAUGGGUCUGAUCAUCCUGAAUGCGUGGUAUGGAAAGUUUGUGACAGACAACAGCGCGCGCCAAGAGAGAGCUCAGGUUAUAGACGUUACUGUCCCUCUGCAGUGUCUGGUCAAGGACUCCAAACUCAUACUCACCGAGGCAUCAAAGGCGGGGUUGCCAGGUUUCUAUGACCCGUGUGUAGGAGAGGAUAAGAGUCUGAAGCUGCUGUAUCAGUUCAGGGGGGUGAUGCACCAAGUCCUCUCUGCAGACACUGAGGCUCUACGGAUACCCAAGCAGUCUCACAGAAUCGAUGCUGAGGCGUAGGAACCCUCUGUUAUGGGAGCAACAACGGUCAAGUGGAGACAGAUACAGACAGACAGGCAGACAGACAGGCAGACAGACAGGCAGACAGGCAGGCAGACAGGCAGGCAGACAGACAGACAGACAGACAGACAGACAGACAGACAGACAGACAGACAGACAGACAGACAGGCAGACAGACAUUGACAGACAGACAGACAGACAGACAGACAGACAGACAGACAGACAGACAGACAGACAGACAGACAUUGACAGAAGGACUGACAAGCAGAGGUCGAGAGUCAAACAAAGGGAAUAUAAAUUCUCUCUCUUUCCCCAUCACAUUUAUGAAUUCAGACAUGAGUUCCUCUUCUCUCUCCGCUCUCAAAACCCACUAGAUUCCUCUCUUUUAGCCAUUGUAAUUUCCACUGUGUGUGUGUGUGUGUGUGUGUGUGUGUGUAUGUGUGCGUGUAAAAUGUACUGAAAUCUCCCUCUCUCCUCAUCUCCCCAGAAAGGUGCAAUAUGACUCACGAUGUACAUAUCAGUGAAGUCUGCUACAGUUAAUAUUGUAUAACUAAUAUACCACUGUACUAUACUAGUUGUACUCAUGUUUUACACUACUAACUCAUGCGUUACGGUUAGAACAGAACUAUGCAUGAAAACGUGUUCAUCAGUACCACUAUACUGACACCCAGCACUACACUUGAAGGCAGAAAAAAUAUUGUUUUGUUAAUAAUUGACGUAUUAUUAUUAUUAUUAUUAUUCCUUGGAAGCGAUGUGUCUGCUGCUGUUGUUGUGUGGGGCAGGGUCUAAUUAUCUGGGUGACAGUCAUUCUAAUAACACAUAAGGGCACACCCAUAAGGGUUGAAAAGAAUGCUGAGAAUAUUAACACUGGUCUAUUUUUAAGGCACCCCCAGUAGCCAAUGUGUGAUUGGAGCCCUGGUAGGCUGGGUUGAGUUGAUAUGACUGAGAUGGAUGCUGGGGAAGCACUGCCUGAGCAACAGUGAAGAGUAGAGAGAACGUCCAAUGAUGUCAUUCAUUCGGAAAGUAUUCGGUAUUUUCCACAUUUUGAUACUUUACAACCUUAUUCUAAAAUGUAUUAACUAAAUAAAGAUCCUUAGCAAUCUACACACAAUACCCCAUAAUGACUAAGUGAAAACAGGUUUUUAGAAAUGUUUGCAAAUGUAUUAAUAAUAAAAAAUAGAAGUACCUUAUUUACGUAAGUAUUCAGACCCUUGUCUAUGAGACUCAACUGAGCUCGGGUGAAUCCUGUUUCCAUUGAUCAUCCUUGAGAUGUUUCUACAACUUGAUUGGAGUCCACCUGUGGUAAAUCCAAUUGAUUGGACAUGAUUUUGAAAGGCACACACCUGUCUAUAUAAGGCCCCACAGUUGACAGUGCAUGUCAGAGCAAAACUCAAGCCAUGCGGUUGAAGGAAUUGUCCGUAGAGCUCACAACAGGAUUGUGUCAAGGCACAGAUCUGGGGAAGGGUACCAAAACAUUUCUGCAGCAAUGAAGGUCCCCAAGAACAUUCUUAAAUGUAAGAAGUUUGGAACCACCAAAACUCUUCCUGGAGCUGGCCGCUGAACAAUCGGGGGUGAAGAGCCUCGGUCAGGGAGGUGACCAACAAUCAGGCCCUUAUGGUAGAGUGGCCAGAUAGAAGCCACUCCUCAGUAAAAGGCACAUGACAGCCCGCUUGGAGUUUGCUAAAAGGCACUUAAAGACUCUCAGAUCAUAAGAAACAAGAUUGUCUGGCCUGAUGAAACCAAGAUUGAACUAUUUGGCCUGAAUACCAAGCAUCACGUUUUGAGGAAACCUGGCACCAUCCUUACAGUGAAGCAUAGUGGUGGCAGCAUGGGGAUGUUUUUCAGUGGCAGGGACUGGGAGACUAGUAAGGAUUGAGGCAAAGACAAACGGAGCAAAGUACAGAGAUAUCUUUGAUGAAAACCUGCUCCAGAUCGCUCAGGACCUCAGACUGGGGCGAAGGUUCACCUUCCAACAGGACAACGACCCUAAGCACACAGUCAAGACAACGCAGGAAUGGCUUCGGAGGAGUGGCUCCGAUCGAACAUCUCUGACCUGAAAAUAGCUGUGCAGCACCCCCCCCCCCAAUCCAACCUGACAGCUCUUGAGAUCUACAGAGAAGAAUGGGAGAAACUCUCCAAAUACAGGUGUGCCAAGCUUGUACCGUCAUACCCAGGAAGACUCUAGACUGUAAACGCUGCCAAAGCUUAGUAAAGGGUCUAAAUACUUAUGUAAAUUCUUAGAAAUGUGCUAAAAUUUCUAAAAACCUGUGUUUGCCUUUGUCAUUAUGGGUUAGUGUGUAGAUUGAUGGGGGAAACAUUAUUUAAUCGGUUUUAGAAUAAGGCUGUAACGUAACCAAAUGUGGAAACAGUCAAGCGGUCUGAAUACUUUCCGAAUGCACUGUAUACAUUAUGGUGUAUAUACAUUAUUUAUAUAACAUUUAUGAGAAAGCCUCUGUGAGAGUUAGUUUGCUACUAAAGCAUCUGUAUGUACAUCUGUCACUGUCAAUGGAAACAUGCAAGUGGGAUGCAGUGGGACUAUUGUACUUUUAUGUAUACAUUUAUUUAAGACCUGGUCAUAUAUCAAAAUUAUGGUGAUGAAGAGUAUUGUAAUUAUUUGUCAGUCCUUUGUUAUGUGCCAUACCUUUAGUUCCCAUGGUAAUAUUGGUUUGUCCCUGUUGUCUUGUUUAUAUGUUGUUUUUAAUACUAUAGAUAGACCAAACAGACACUGUUCUACUUAACAUUGACUAACUAUUGACUGACAGUGUUGGUCCUUUCUGUGAAGGCAAUAUACUGUAUAGGCUAUUGAUGAGUGACAUAGUUGAACUGCAUUUUUUUUUUUUUUCAGUGGUAGAAACUGGAGUUCUGUCAACACAGUUCAGUUCCAUUUCCACUGUAUGCUGUCCCCAAUCCUACAGUGCUGAAACCCCAUGUACAGGUCUGUGUAGUCAGGACACAGGAUCUGUUCUAUGCCAUGUAUUUGAGCAGAAAGUGACCUACCCUCUCAGGUGUUUUGCCCUAGAGCGGAGUCAGGUUAUCGGAUUGUUAGUAACUGUACUCAUGUCUCUUCUUACCAGUUAAGAUUUUGUGAAUGAGGUUGACUGACUCAAAACACCCUUUACAGAAUGAGGCAAGAACAAGCAAACAUUCACCCCAUUUGAGACACUAAACACUUUGCUGCCUCCAUUAAGGAUGUUUGCUCAUCAUGUCCCCUUCGCGUGCCAUUAGUCUCCAUAUUAGUCGGCCCUGCCACUAGUCACCCACUCAUCACUGUUCUUUCAGCCACUCUGGCUCCACCCUGAGGUCAACAGAGAGACUACUCUCCAUUGUUACAUUCCUGCCCUGGCCAUGACCCAAACUGUCUAAAAUGUGUGUGUGUGUGUGGAGCUAGUGGACUAUGUAGUAAAGAUAUUACAAUAAAUAAAAAGAUGAG